CCCCUCGCGUCCGCGCCGUAUUCGGUAGUCAAUAAAAUUGCGGCGUCUCGGCGUUUGCGGCGAAUAACAUGGCGGCUUCCAUGCUGGGUUCUCUGCUGCGGACGGUCCGGCAGAUGGUUCCUUCCUCAGCUUCAGGUCAAGUUCGAGGUUAUUAUGUAGACUGGAAAAUGCUGCGUGAUGUGAAGAGACGAAAAAUUGCCUACGAGUAUGCAGAUGAGAGGCUUCGAAUCAAUUCCCUCAGGAAGAAUACCAUUUUGCCAAAAGAUCUUCAGGAAGUGGCUGAUGGAGAAAUCGCUGCCCUUCCCCGGGAUAGCUGUCCUGUUAGAAUCCGAAAUCGGUGCGUUAUGACAUCCCGUCCACGUGGUGUAAAGCGGCGCUGGAGGCUUAGUCGUAUUGUCUUCCGUCACUUAGCAGACCACGGGCAACUGUCGGGGAUCCAGCGGGCAAUGUGGUGAUCAGCUCCGGACCCACUGAGCAGGGAAACCAGGUCUGGCAAGAAGAGACUUUUCUAAUAGACAAAACCCUGGUUUUAUAGAGGUCCAAUGUAGGAGUCGUCUAGUCUACCUGAUACUGCCUGUUAAAUUACUUCUUAAUUUUAAAUGAAGAAAUUUGGAUGUUUCAUUCUGUCAGUGAACUCUGGCCAUCUGUGAGUUCUCUCUUUUCUUGGACUUAAAAAUUAAACAUACUGCCUCCCUGCAUAGUACAAGGAGUACAGUAAUAAAAAAUAUUGUGAAUAUA